UUUUGUUAAGAGGAAAUAUGGAGGCUUCAGAUCUUGAUGCGAAGUAAGGUUUGGAGUAAUAUGUGUAGAUUCAGAAUGAUAGUUGACCUGAUUCAGAACUCGACUGACUCGAGUACUACUAUUAAUGUGAGUGAGGUCUUUAUAUGCAAGAUUAACUGAAAAGGAAAUGAUGUCAGUAUUAUAGCCCUCAAAUGAUCAGAAAUUAAAGUUUUAUGGUCUAUUCAAACAAGCUACGGUUGGGAAAUGUAGUGGAAAAGCCCCAUCAAGGCUGAAAGUUAUUCCUAGGAUGAAGUACUUCGCAUGGAAAGAGCUUGGAAACAUGAGCAAAGACCAAGCUAAGAAGAAUUAUGUAGAACUUGCUUACAAAGUUGAUCCUAAACUGAGUGCAAAGCUUUAAUUCAUGUUGAGA